CCCGUCAAGCCUUUCGUAUGGAUGAAUUGCCAAAUUAAUUGAUGAAUUGAUGGACGAAUUGCCGAAUUAAUUUCUGAAUUGAAAAAUUCAUUUCUGAAUUGAUUCAUUAAUUUCUGAAUUGACGGACAAAUUGAGGAAUUCAUUUCUGAAUUGAUGGACUAAUGGACGAAUAAAUCUAUGAAUUUGUGCACGAACUGAUGAAUUAAUUGAUGACUAGUUUUGGCAAAAAUGUCGCUCCAUACUAAUGUGCGUCUUUGUAGGGGUGGAGUCAGUGUGUGCGUGCAUGUAUUAGCUCGGUGGUGCCAGGCUGCUGCAGCAGCAGCUUUAACCUUAUUGCAUGCAGGUAUUUUAAAGACAUAGCGACGUUUUUCAAACAUUAGAAGUUAAAAAUCGACUCAUCCAUUUGGAAUUAUUAUUAUUUAAAUUGUUUUGCACAACACUUUGCUAGUCGUGGACGAUAAAAAAAAGUACAAAACAGAAUCCCAUGUGAUGCCAUGGACAGUGUGAAGAUGGAAUCUGUCCCAAUUAAAGAGGAGUUCCCUGAACUUGUCCCCUUUAAUGUGGAGUUCUCAGGGCUGGCAUCCCUCCCCAUUAAAGAGGAGCUCUAUGAGGUGCAAUGUGACAGCAGUCAGCCAGAGGUCUCUGAGAUUAAAGCUGAGCACAAUGAAUUGGAGAUCCCCAAGACAGAAGAACUGCUUCCUGUUAAACAAGAGGUGCUGGAAAUUAAACAGGAGCCCCCUGAAGUAGAGUUUGACCACAUGGAACCAGGGAAGGAAGAAUCCAAGGACUUCAAACCAAACAUCCCUGAGCUGGAGCCUAUAUGCCUGCGGGAGUGUAGCGUGGUGCUGGAGAGAGUCUGCAUGAGAGAGCGAGGCACUGGAGAGGAAGGCUCUCCUCCCAACAGCACACAAGGAGGUGGAAAGGAAGAAGGGUGGUCAUAUUCAGAAUAUAGUCUAGCAGGUUCCAGUCCAGCAGCUAAAGCAAGGAUUGGCAGUGGAGAAUAUCCUGACAGUAGGAAAGGUUUCACCCAGUUAGGGCAUUUUGAAAUACACCAGCAAAUUCACACAGGAGAGAAACCAUAUCGCUGCUCUGCCUGUGAGAAGAGUUUCAGAGAUUUAAAAGUCCUGAAAAAACACCAGCGAAUUCACACAGGAGAGAAACCGUAUCGCUGCUCUGACUGUGGGAAGAGUUUCAGAGAUUCAGGAACUCUGAAAGCACACAAGCGAAUUCACACAGGAGAGAAACCAUUUCGCUGCUCUGACUGUGGGAAGUGUUUUAGUCAAUCGACAGUCCUGAAAACACACAGGCGAAUUCACACAGGAGAGAAACCAUAUCGCUGCUCUGCCUGUGAGAAGAGUUUCAGAGAUUUAGGAGUCCUGAAAAAACAUCAGCGAAUUCACAGAGGAGAGAAACCUUAUCCCUGCUCUGACUGUGGGAAGAGUUUCAGACAGUCAGCACACCUUGAAAAUCACCAGCGAAUACACACAGGAGUGAAACCGUAUCACUGCUCUGAGUGUGGAAAGAGUUUCAGUCGUUCACAGUACUUGAGAAAACACCAGCAUAUUCACACAGACGAGAAACCGUAUCGCUGCUCUGAAUGUGGGAAAAGUUUCAGACAGUCAGCACACCUUGAAAAACACAAGCAUAUUCACACAGGAGUGAAACCGUAUCGCUGCUCUGAUUGUGGGAAGAGUUUCAGGGAAUCUGGAAAUUUGAAAGCACACCAGCGAAUUCACAGAGAAGAAAAACCACAUUGCUGCUCUGUCUGUGGGAACCAUUUCAGACUGUCAGAAUACCUGAAAAAACACCAGCGAAUUCACACAGGAGAGAAACCGUAUUACUGCUCUGAAUGUGGGAAGACUUUCAGGGAAUCGGGAACUCUGAAAACACACCAGCGAAUUCACAGAGGACAAAAUUCUAAAAGGUGCCUCCAAGCGAUUUGUGACCACACAGGACGGUUCCUGGAUGUGUUUGUGGGUUACCCUGGGUCAGUGCAUGACUCCAGGGUACUGAAGAACAGCCCUGUGUACACCAGGGGGCUGUACCCUCCACCAGGGUUCUUCUUGUUGAGAGAUGGCGGGUACCCCUGUCUGAAAGAGCCAGUGUGCCUGAUCACACCGUACAAGGAGCCUGUGCAGGGCAGGGUUCAAGCCCGCUUCAACCGCCAUCAUUCCAAGGCUCGUUCCAUCAUAGAACGAGCCUUUGGGAUGAUGAAAACCCGAUGGAGGGCCAUUUUCUUUAAAGCCCUGGAAGUUCACCCAUCAUUUGCCCCAAAAGUGAUAGCAGCAUCCACUGCUGUAGACGUGCCUGGUGAUUCAUCCUCGACGGAUGAGGCAAUCAGGACUGGAGGCCUAAUAGAGGGGCUCCCCCCAAUUGCCUCAUCCAUGAGGGUGAACCACGGCCACGACGCAGCAGUGGCCUCCCCUGCCUCUGUCCCUGUGCCUGUUGGAGGGCAUUUCAACUCCUACAACAGAAAAUCCCGUGUGCUGGAAAUUAAACAAGAGCCUCUGACAGUAGAGUUUGACCACAUGGAACCAGGGAAGGAAGAAUCUGAGGACUUCAAACCAAACAUCCCUGAGCUGGAGCCUGUACACCUGCGGGAGUGUAGCGUGGUGCUGGAGAGAAUCUGCGUGAGAGAGCGAGGCGCUGGAGAGGAAGGCUCUCCCAACAGCAUGCAGGGAGGUGGAAAGGAAGCCGGGUCAUAUUCAGAAUGCAGUCUAGCAGGUUCCAGUCCAUCAGCUAAAACGAGGGCAGGUGGUGGAGAAUAUCCUGACUGUGGGAAAGGUUUCACCCAGUUAGGGCAUUUUGAAAUAAACCAGCGAAUUCACACAGGAGAGAAACUGUACUGCUGCUCUGACUGUGGAAAGAGUUUCAGACAGUCAGCACACCUUAAAAGACACCAGCGAAUUCACACAGGAGAGAAACCGUAUUGCUGCUCUGACUGUGGGAAGAGUUUCAGACGUUCAGAAGACCUGAAAAUACACCAGCGAAUUCACACAGGAGAGAAGCCAUAUCCCUGCUCUGACUGUGGGAAGAGUUUCAGAGAUUCAGGAGACCUUGAAAGACACCAGCGAAUUCACACGGGAGAGAAACCGUAUUGCUGCUCUGACUGUGGGAAGAGUUUCAGACGUUUAGAAAACCUGAAAAUACACCAGCGAAUUCACACAGGAGAGAAGCCGUAUCCCUGCUCUGACUGUGGGAAGAGUUUCAGAGAUUCAGGAGACCUGAAAAAACACCAACGAAUUCACACGGGAGAGAAACCGUAUUGCUGCUUUGACUGUGGGAAGAGUUUCAGACAUAAUGGAAGCCUGAAAAGCCACCAACUAAUUCACAUAGUAGUGAAACCGUAUCCCUGCUCUGACUGUGGGAAAAGUUUCAGGCAUUCAGAAGACCUGGAAAAACACCAGCAAAUUCACAGUAGAGAAGGUGUAUCACUGCUCUGACUGUGGGAAGAGUUUCAGGGAAUCGGGAUCUCUGAAAACACACCAGAGAAUUCACACAGAAAAUCCAUAUUUCUGCUCUGACUGUGGGAAGAGUUUUUCAGGUAUUCAAGACUGCUGAAAACACACCAACGAAUUCACACAGGAGAGAAACCGUGUCUCUGCUUUUACUGUGGGAAGAAUUUCACAGAUUCAGGAGGCUGGAAAAAGCACCAGUGAAUUCACAGAGGACAAAAACCUUAAAGUGCAUGUUCAAUGGGACUUUCAUUCAAGGGGGGAAAAAAACAUCUUGCAUUAUUAGUCCCUGUGUAAUAAUAAUUUUUCUAUGUCACUUUUAAGAGCAUGCAUUUUAAAUGGUAAAGAUGCACUUGAGAAAGUGGGCGGUGAUGUGAACAUGUCUAGUUUAACUGUGUCAAUGCAGUCAGAGCCUGUGAGCAGGAAUGUACAGAAAGGAAACUAUUCCGCAGCUUAUCUGAUGUACCAGUCAGGAGAAAUCGGUGACUCGUGUGGUAAAUGAGUUUCAGGGUUUAGCAUUUAAACUUGAUUAAUCUGAAAAUAAAUAAAUUGAUUGGAACGAGUAUCCUGACCCGGUAUAUAGCAUCCAGAGAUGAGACUGCACCGUCCUUACUGGGCAAUCAGCUGGAUGAUUUGACUUGUAAAUUCAUCACGUUUCUAGAACUAAUGAAAAAAUGAUAAUGUCCUGUGGCUGAAUCACUGAAUAUCGUGCAACGUGUAGCUUUGCACUGUGCAUUGUCCAUGCUUUUAUUUGAGCUUCCUUUUUAAACACCCCAACUAAUGCAAGUGUAGCAAGCAUGUGUACGGAUCUUAGGUACAGAGAGGCAUACAGGUUUUACACUCUGUGACGAAUUACAAUUAAUUACUAUUAAUGGAUUAAGCUGUCAUUACAGAGCACAAAGAUAUAGGCUAAAAUGCAGUGAUAAUAGAAAUGAACAUGUGUUUUGGGUGGGUCUAGAGAUUUUGAAAGGGAUUUAUUUACCUUUUAGUACAUAUAUAUUUACCAGUGCUAGACCCGGACCUUGUUAAAUUGUGUAAUGAGGACGUGUGUAAUCGGAGUUCUAAUGAGACUUGACGGUACAAUUAACCCGUUAAGGACCAAGCUUUUUAUAGUGGAAUGCGCACCAGUACCACUUGGUUUUUUUGGGGUUUUUUUUGCUUUGCUAUAUCUGACUUCCAAUAAAAACAUUAUUUAAUUGUGUGUUUUUUUUUACAAUGGAAUCUUGGUGUCCUUUUUUUAGAUAUAAACAUUAAAGUGCUUAAGAAACCAUA